AUGAAUUUUUCCAAGGUUAUUAAUUUAAUUUAUGGUACCGUCGCUCUUCGUGAAAUCCGUCGUUACCAGAAAUCGACAGAAUUGUUGAUCCGCAAGUUGCCCUUCCAACGUUUGGUAAGAGAAAUCGCUCAAGAUUUCAAGACCGAUUUGCGUUUCCAGUCUGCUGCCAUUGGAGCAUUGCAAGAAGCCAGUGAAGCUUACUUGGUCGGUUUGUUUGAAGACACCAACUUGUGCGCAAUCCACGCCAAGCGAGUCACAAUCAUGCCAAAAGACAUCCAAUUGGCUCGUCGUAUCCGUGGAGAACGUGCUUAA